UUGAAGGGAGUUUAGUUUCAACCAAAUGAAUCAACAUAAACAUUGUAAAUAGACUAUCUGUUAAGCCUUGAAUACAGAGCAAGCCGUUGGCUGCGAAGCUGCUGCUUUUCACUUGACAACUAAUAUCGGCGAUAACCGUUGAAAGAUUAGAGUAGCCAACAACAAGGUCAUCUGGCCAUGAAUUGCUGAUAGAGAAUCAUUAACAAGUCUGAGUGCGCUAUCAGUUUGAUGCUUGUUGGGAUUGUUGUCUGUGUCACCGUCCUCACUGACUCGACGUUGGUAGUCGGCUCUGGUGUGACGGGUCAGGAGAUGCCUUCCCUUCUCAACUCAGGUCGUCUCCACAUCGGCAACAUCAACCAGAACAUUGUCAACACCGAAUUCGCUGUCGAGGGACUCGUUCAUCAGAGGGCCCUGGAGCUAAAAGUCGAGUUGAAACAGGGAAUUAAGAAACCAUUUGAAGACCUGAUUGAAGCCGACACAGGGGACAUAGCUGAUCAGAAGCUUAUCACUUUUGUCCGACAGGUGACUGCCGCAGCUUGUCUUCCUGAGCUUCUGGAUGAUACAACAUUUCCUGAUGAUGUAAAAUCAAGAGUUCAAAACUUACUUCAACAUUUUCAAGGAAACAGCAUUGGUUCUCUGACAGAUAGUUCAGGGUUGAAAAUGGUGCGAAGACACAUCGCAGAGUUUAUACGCCAGAGAGACAACAACCCUUCUCGUUGGGACGAUAUCAUCAUAGUACCUGGAAUAUCAGCAGCAGUCAAGAUUUUGUCCAAUUUGAUGAAUUUUUCUUCAAAUGGGCUACCACCUGGUGUAUUGCUUCCUGUUCCUCAGUUUCCUCUUUUAACUAGAGCUCUCACGGAGUUUGGUGUUAAAAAGUUGGACUACUUCUUGGAUGAGGAAACUGGUUGGUCUGUCGUUGUUGAUGAGUUACAGCAAGUUUUACUGGAAGGCAAAACUCACUGUCAGCCGAGGGCAAUAGUGGUGAUAAACCCCGGUAACCCUACAGGGCAAUUAUUAUCAAGGAAAAACAUGGAAGAUAUUAUUAAAUUUGCAGAAAGAGAAAAACUAUUGAUAAUUGCAUUUGAGGUUUACCAGGACAAUGUUUAUGAAGACAAUAUAUUUCAAUCUUUUAAGAAAGUUCUAUAUGAGAUGGAAGCUCCUUACAAAAACACAGAACUUGUAUCUCUCAUGUCCUGUUUCAGAGGUUAUGCGGAGGAGGUAGGUCUCAGAGGAGGUUACAUGGAGCUUUAUAACAUCGGCCCAGCUGUCAAAGAUUUUUUGAAGAAAAAUAUCAUGAUAUCUGACUCACCUCCAGCGUGUGCACAGAUAGCACUGGACUGUAUCACCAACCCUCCCAAGCUUGGAGAGCCAUCCUACCCUCUCUUCGCCAGUGAAAGAGCCGCAUUACUGACAUCCGUAGCAGAACGAGCAAAACUCAUCAAUAGGGGAAUUAACCGCAUCCCUGGCCUGUCCUGUCAGCCUGUCCAGGGAUCGUUUUUCGCCUUCAUCAAGGUUGACAUACCAGAGAAAGCUGUCGAACAAGCCAACUCUCUCAACCUAAGUCCUUCAACCUUCUACGGUCUGGAAAUGCUGGAGAAAUCUGGAGUUGUGGUGGUUCCUGGAGAUGGGUUUGGUCAAAAACCUGGCACUCAUCAUUUCAGGAUGACGAUUCUACUGCCAGAGGAGAGGCUUAAAGAAGCGUUACUCAGGAUCCAAAAAUUCCACAUCGAAUUUGUAAACCAGUAUUGUGACGAUAAUACAGAAAUUGAUCAGUAACAUAUGAAUA